UGUCAAAUAUCCAAUUAUUUAAACUCGUCAAUCGUUUAACCUGUUUUUGGUCUACGUUGUUGAUGCAACCUAGCCGACUAGAUAUUUGCACACAGACUUCUGAGUUCUGACUCUAGGAGAGAACCUAAUAUUCAUAUUCAUCAUACCACCAAGUUCUUCCUUAACAUCGUUAUCUAACAGAACGACAAUUCCCCUUUUAAUAUUGAGAGGAAGGAGUGUGAGAAGAAAUUUGUAAGUGCAAAAGGGGAGUAAUAAAUGGCGGGAAUGGGAGAUGGGUAUGUGGGUACUGCCCAAGAUGCUGUCAGAAUUAGGAGACUUGAAAAGCAAAGAGAAGCUGAACGUCGCAAAAUUGAAGAACUCAAGAAUAAAACUGCUUCUACCCAAGGUCAAGCUGGUCUUCUUCAAUUUGGUUCUAGCACUUCCGAGAUUUUGGAGACUGCAUUCAAGAAAGAAACUGUUGGUCUUGUUACAAGGGAGGAAUAUGUUGAGAAGAGGGUUAACAUAAAGAAUAAAUUUGAAGAGGAAGAGAAAGAGAAACUGCGGAAGCUACAGGAAGAAGAAGAAAAACUUCAGUUAGAAAAGCGUCAAAAGAGGAAGAAAAAAUUGAAUGCUCGAUUAUCGUUUGAUUUGGAUGAUGGAAAUGAAGAAGAGGAAGAAGAAAGUCAGAAAGCAGUCAAAGUAAAGUGUGCAAAACUGGGCAAGGACCCUACUGUUGAAACUAGUUUUUUGCCAGAUAGUGAGAGAGAAGCAGAAGAGCAAGCUGAAAGGGAGAGGCUAAAAAGACAAUGGCUUCGUGAGCAGGAAAUGAUUAAAAACGAGCCUCUUCAAAUUACCUAUAGUUAUUGGGACGGAACAGGUCAUCGACGAGUAAUACAGGUGCGCAAAGGUGACACCAUUGGGGCAUUUUUAAGGGCAGUUCAACAGCAGCUUGCUCCUGAAUUCCGUGAAGUUCGAACUGCUUCUGUGGAAAAUCUACUUUAUGUAAAAGAGGAUCUAAUCAUUCCACAUCAACAUAGUUUCUAUGAGAUGAUCAUAAACAAGGCAAGAGGCAAAAGUGGACCGGUGCAAUUGAUGGUUGCUACUAAGGGUCAAAUGAAAAUAUCUUCUUUGUUAUCCUAACAAGGGUAAAGUUACAUUCGAGUUUGAUCCCUCAAACCCGGCUUAGGUGGGAGCCACAUAAAGGCAUUAAAGUAAAAAAAUGUUGAAUGGUUUGUAGAUCAGCCCUACGGCCUAUGAAUUUUGUCUCAUUGAUAGAAUAUUUUUUGACCUUCGUAUAACGGAACUCUAUUCUUUAUGAUAACAGUCUUUUCAUUGUAUUUCUGAAUAGAAGCAUCAAGCAUGUCAGGAAUACUCGGGAUCACUUUUAUUGUACUUUUUGACUAAAUGCAUGACUGCGUCAAAGUUUAAAGGUUACCUUACCUGUGGCUCAAUCAUUUAUGUGGUUAAAUAACUUCCUAUCUUUUCUUGCUUAAGUAAAAUACUAAAAUAAGAACUUCCUCCUCUUGUACGAGGCCCUUGUUGUGGACAUGAGCGCAUAUGAGUCUGACUGGUUACAGUGAUUUUGAUUCUUGGGUGUAAUUCAUAUGUAUUCAACCUUAGUGCAAAAACAAGACUACAUCGCAUCACAUCAUCCGCGUUGUAAAUGGACUGAUAUUUUUUAUGAUGUAAAGGUGUAAAAAUGUUUUGGGUCAUUUCUAGGAAUAUUUCAUGUUUUCGGUUUAUAUUUGGCAUUACGAUAACUAAUCACUCUCUUUACCGUGAUCGCGACUGUGACUGCAUUUUUGCACUAUGUAUUUAACCCCUAAUAGGGGCUUGGUCAUGUUAAAAAUUGGACCCUGAAGAUGUUUCCUCGGUAACAUUAAUACUGAGUUUCAUCUAUUUAUGUUUAUUUGACUUGAAUUAUAAAGGCUGUGACUUAUUUUAUGUUGUUUUAUGAUGCCCUCUUACUCAUACUUCCCAUCUCUGUUUCUGGUU